AUGAUGAUAAAAGCUCUGAGCUUUUGUUUUAUAGCGACCGCCAAUGCCUUCAUCACGGCAGAAACCACAAACACUGAAGCUCUGGGAACUGGCGGACCACCUGAAUACCUAGCCUCUCGGUCGGACUUUGGCGGCACGACCUGGACGGAAGGCUCAUUGAGGCCAUCUGAUGGGCGGUCAUCUAGCUGGAGCCCUUUCAUUCCAAGAACGGGGUCGAAGAGCCACUUCUUCGGUCAUCCGUUCUGUUCCAUUACAGUGACAAGCCCUGGUGUUGUUUCCAUUUCAACGGUUAUCGUAACCUCAAUCAUCACUCAGAUUGAGGUUACCACCCACAUCUUAUCAGUACCCACCACAACUACGAUCACAGACGAAUGGACCAGCCCAACGAUACAUUCACGGAGCUCGCCUGCUUGUGAACCACCAGGAACAACGCCCGCAGGAAAUGCCGCAUACUGCAAUGGUAAAGGCUGCGAGAUUACAUUUGACAAAGGCGCCAUUGUUCAUUGGGAGCUACUCACCAAUCGCACGGCUCUUGUCACCCACUACUUGCACAACACGUGUAUGGAUGUGGUUUGCAACACCAUGGAGUUCAACCUUUACUACUCUCGGAGUGCCACGAGCUGUGAUCGGCCGCCAUGCCCGAGCAAUAGUCUCAACUGCGAAUGUAACAUUGUGGUUGGUCCAUUUGUUCUACCUGACGGGCGCAUCACUACAGUCACGCAGACAGGACCGUCUGGUUGGAAUCUCAAUUUAGGUCCAACGGCAACAGCUCACAACAUAGCUCGCUGCGGUACUGGAGGAGCCGAAUGUCUCGAGGCCUCUACCACUACCCUCUUCACUCCUUUGGUCUAUACAGACCAUGUCAAAGUCCUCAAAAUCACACAUCAUAGAAACAAUUCCAAACACGAAGCAACGGCUUUUCUGCUCCCGAAACUCGCAGCCUACUUCCCAGCAAACUAUCCUCUGGGACAAUGUACAAACAUCAAGCUAUCCCUACCUUUACCGACCCCUACAGCGCUUUCGAAGCGCGACGACGUGGCAACAGUCGGCGGCGAUGGAGUUACUACUUGGCCAGGCUGCGCGACUUUGACGGAUGAUUCUGUUGCGAAACGAGGCCUGAUGGCUCGGCAGGAGUCUGCGACUAAGUUGCCGAUAUGUAGCUCGAGGGGGGAACGCAAGACUGAGACUGUUACGGCCAGUCCUUGGGGUCCUGGUACUACUACAAGCGCUGUGGAGUCUCGGGUAAGGUCGGAGGCGAGGAGAUGGGAGGUUCGGAGUUGUGGUUGGGUUGUGUGGUUUGCGGUUGCUUGGUUUAUUCUUUGA